GAAUUACUAAAAUAAUUUGUUUGACACAGAAGUAGAAAGUCCCAUGAAUUUAGAAGAAAUUUGUUUUAAUUCGCUACACUUGUUGAGGUACAUAUUAGGAUAGAAACACCGAGUGUGGGUAGUUGAACGUAUAUCAACAUGACAACAAUCGAGUAUGGUGGGGGGCCAUCACUUGAGCAACGUCGGGCGUUUGCAAAUUUGGAAAGUGGUGGACAUGUGCCUGGAUACAUGGGAUUUUGUCCACAAUUUAAGUAUAGAUAUGGUCAUACUUUUGGAAAAGAAACAUCAGACAUAGCUAAAGUAACUUGGUUUUUCGGAUAAACGUUUUUUUUAAAUGUAGGAUCUUCCAUAUUAUUCUGGGCCACGAAUUCAAGAACCACUUCGUUUUUAUCCUGUUUCAGACGAAAAUAGCAAAUUCGAAACUUUAAGAUCUAAUUUUAAUGAUCAUGUUUCCGAAAGAAUGUUACCAAAGGCAACAGGAGAUAAUAAAUAUACAGGGGAAAUGAUUCCAGGAUAUUCUGGUGAUAUACCUCAAAUGAAUUUCAAAUUUGGUGGAACAUAUCGUACUCUCUCUGAAGAAUGCGUUGAUCAGUUAGUCAGAGAAUAUAAAUCUGCUGAGAUGAAACGAAAUAAAUUAAAAGAAUCAUCUAACUUAUUAACUAACCUUCAUCCUAUAGCACAUGAUCCUUUAGUUAAGAAUCAUUUAAAUAUAUGGGCAGAUGAUAUGAUGAAGAGGAACUCUGGUGUUUACUCAAACAAGCGUACAACUGAACCACCUAUUCCAGGUUAUAAAGGUUUUAUUCCUCGUAUGGAUACAACAGAACAUGGUUUGGCUAAACGUUUUCAUGAAGCCGCUCAAAGUAGCUUAGAAACAUUUAGAGCUGAAUGUAAAAAUCAUUUUGAUCAUAUUGAUAUGCCAGUGACUAGAUUAGACACUUGUUCACGUCCACGUACUUCAAUACCAUAUAAACCAAAGAGUAAUUAUUAUAGUGCAAGAAUAUUUCAUCAAGAAGGUAUGAUACCAGAUUAUGAAGGUCAUAUUCAUGGUUAUCAAUAUCAUGUUGGCAAAAAUUUCGGUAAUACAACACGUGAUUUAGAAGUAUGUGCACAUCCAUAUUCAUGUUAUGGGGAAUAUGUGAAAAUAAAAGAUUUAACAUCAAAAUAUCUUUCAUAAAAAUAACAAACAGAUUUAAUUUUUCUUUUUCUUUUGUUUUUUUUUUGAUUUUUUAUUUUGUUUUCAUUACUUUAAGCCGAUAACAUGACGUUUAUAUUUGAGAGAGCGCCAAAAAAUCACUUGUUUCUAUCUUCAUUCAUGACCUUGUGCGUAUGCAUGCGCGUGCGCGCAUGUGUGUGUGAUACUCCUUUUUUUCUGACGUGAUUAAUUUUUUUUCAUUUUGAUGAGACUUUUUUGUUUAUUUUUUUGUUGUUUUGAUUUUAGUUAUUUCACUUUUUUAAUUAUCAACAAGAUGAAUUGAAUUCGUAUUUUUCUUUUUAUAAAUAGAGAUAAAGAUGUUUAUUUUUUGUUGUUGUCAAGGCAUGAGACAAUCAUUAAAACAAAAAAAGAGAAAAAACUUUGAACAUUUAUGAAUAUUUUUGUUUAUUUAUUUCAUUCAAUAAAAUAAUCAAUAAUUUUCAUAU